ACAAGGGCGACGGGCUUUAUCGGAUCGACCGUGGUACCCCAGGCACCUGUGGCCUGGCUCAAGGUGCGAGUGACCGCCCGCAACGACGCCAGGGCCAAGCAAUGCAUGUCCAUCUUUGAGAAAACGAACAGCAAAGAGAAAUUCGGAGGCUUCCACCGUUACAGACGUUACAGCAUGCGGUGCUUACGACGAUGCGAUGACGUGUGCCCGUCAGCACUCUUGGCCUCCUUUCGUAACUGA